GGGAGCGGCCGGUGCCCUGUGCAGCGGGAGCGCACACCCGCUUCCAGCGCUGGGGGACCCUCUCCAGGGCUCAGCGCCCUCAGCGGGAUGCCGCCGCGCCCGGCUGCGUUACCGACCCGUUUCCUUCACCUAAACCCGGCGCAGUGAGCGGGACUGGGCGCCCCCGGACCCUGCUCCUUCCAGCCAGCCAAGGCGGUGGGUCUGGGCGCCCCUCGGACGCUGCCGAGCCCGGUGAGCGGGUCUGGGCGCCCCCUUGGCUGGCGCAGCUUGCGGAAGGGGACGCGGGUGCCUCCCCGCCCGGGCGCAGAUGUCGGUCUCCAGGUGCAGCAGCGGCGGCUGUCAGGGGCGGCCGCAGAGGCGGGACUGGAAAGUCUGUAUGACCAAUUGUCCUACACUGAUUGUCAUGGUGGGCCUCCCAGCUAGAGGGAAAACGUACAUCUCCAAGAAACUGACACGCUACUUAAACUGGAUUGGAGUGCCUACAAAAGAAUUUAAUGUUGGUCAGUACCGUCGAGAUUUGGUAAAAACAUACAAAUCCUUUGAGUUCUUCUUGCCAGACAAUGAAGAGGGCUUGAAAAUCAGAAAACAGUGUGCCUUAGCAGCUCUGAAUGAUGUCCAGCAGUACCUCAGUGAAGAAAAUGGACAUGUGGCUGUUUUUGAUGCUACAAACACAACACGAGAACGCAGAGAAACCAUCUUCAGAUUUGGUGAGGAGAAUGGUUAUAAGACCUUCUUUGUUGAAUCAGUAUGCGUAGAUCCAGAGGUCAUUGCUGCAAACAUUGUGCAAGUGAAACUUGGCAGUCCUGAUUAUGUUGAUUGUAGUAAUGAUGAAGCUACAGAAGACUUCAUGAAAAGAAUAGAGUGCUACAAGAACACAUAUGAGAUGCUAGAUGAAACUCUGGACAAGGAUCUUUCCUAUAUUAAAAUCAUGGAUGUUGGAAGGAGUUACCUUGUGAAUAGAGUAAUGGACCAUAUCCAAAGCCGGAUCGUCUACUACCUCAUGAAUAUCCACGUAACUCCUCGCUCAAUCUACCUCUGUCGACAUGGAGAAAGUGAACUGAAUCUGAAAGGGAGGAUAGGAGGAGACACUGGACUGUCCUUUAGGGGGAAAGAGUUUGCCAAGAGCUUGGCACAGUUCAUUAAUGAGCAAAACAUCAAGGAUCUGAAAGUUUGGACCAGUCAGAUGAAAAGGACGAUUCAGACUGCGGAGGCUUUAGGAGUGCCUUAUGAACAGUGGAAGGUUUUGAAUGAAAUAGAUGCAGGAGUCUGUGAAGAAAUGACAUAUGAAGAAAUUCAGGAAAACUAUCCUCUUGAAUUUGCCUUGAGAGACCAAGACAAAUAUAGAUACAGAUACCCUAAGGGGGAGUCAUAUGAAGAUCUCGUUCAGAGACUGGAGCCAGUAAUUAUGGAGCUGGAAAGGCAGGAAAAUGUGCUUGUUAUAUGUCACCAAGCAGUUAUGCGCUGUCUGCUUGCUUACUUUCUGGACAAGACUGCAGAACAACUGCCUUAUCUAAAGUGCCCACUCCAUAGUGUCUUAAAGUUAACCCCAGUGGCUUAUGGUUGUAAGGUGGAAUCUAUAUUCCUGAAUAUUGAAGCUGUAAACACACACAGAGAUAAACCAGAGAAUGUAGACAUUUCCAGACCUCCUGAGGAAGCCCUUGUAACAGUCCCUGCUCACCAGUGAACCUGUGUCCAGAUCAGCUAUCAAAUGUGUGAAUGUAGGUGUGGAUCGCUCGAGAGAGGAAGCCUUGAGGACAGUACCUAAUCAUCUAUAACUCCCGUGGACCAUGACAAUAUCCCCUGCCUGCUACAGAAGCACUAAGGAAAUAGCUCAGGUACAUGAGACUGGAAAAGACAUCCAAGGAGGUCAAGCAGUGUCACAUGCACACACUCCCUUUGACUGUAAGGCUUUUAGAAUGUGAUUCAAUGACUUGUGGGAAAACCCACAAUUCUGGAGGACACUUAAUGCUGAAAAUGGAAAUGUGCAAGACUGGAAAUAUUUAUGGGAAACCCAGUGAAGUUGCUAUAAAUUUUUCUUCUGUGAAUAUGCAGUUUUUCAGCUGUUUUUAUGCUUCACCUGUGGCUCAUGCAAGAUUGUUAAUUGCUCGUCAGCUUACUGUCAAGUUUUAACUGAACUUUUACUUUUUUCAAUAAUGGCUUUUCUAAGAGUACCUCUUAUUUUUACUGUGAAUGACUUCCUAGAAUUAGAUAACUUCUUUUUUAGUGUGUAUAUAUAUAUUUUUUGAAUACAUGUGAAAUUCUGCAUUUAAUGUUCUGUAGGCUCCAUUUGAUACAAAAGCACUUCAUAUUGGAGGCUUGCUCUGAAAAGGUUUCUCAAAUUCUCUUUUUUUCCAUCCCAUCUAUGUUUGAGCAUAGUUCAGGAGUUGCAAAGCACCAUGUAUGUGUGUCUUUUGAAAUGGGGAUGCUUUCCCCUUUGCCAAGAAAAAAUAUUUGAUAUUAUAUAUUAUGUUAUAUUGACAGUGAGAGAGGCUUUGCUGUCACAGUCAGUUCCUUUAUCUUCUCCGUGCAUAAUGGCAUUUUGUACCAUGGUGUGGGGGUGCACUGUUAUACAGUUGAUCGUUAUGGAAGGAUGGUUUUUAGCCAGAUAGCUAGCUUGCUAAUAGUCUAUAUAUCCUAGAAAGAGAUUAUAAACGGUAAGAUGACAGAUAUCCUUCAGAAUAUCUGUACUGUCCAGGUUAAGCAACCUUUCCAAGAGAGAACACAACUUCCACAUUCAGGGUGAAAUAUACUCCCAUUCAGUGGGCCCUCAAAAGACCAAAUACAUCACUUGAAUGCAGGAAAACUUCAAUGUAAACCCUAAAUGGGCUCUAAUAGAGUUAAUUUCACCCUAAAAGUAUAAGGUUUUUUAUGUGGGAGCAUUAAGUCAAUAGAGGAGAAUGUUAAAAUAGGAUUUUAGCCUCCUAAGAAUUGUGUAAGUACAAAAACUCUUGAGUGAAUUUGGAAGUUGAUUUUUUUUAAAUUUCAUCUCUAUAUUUUGUUUUUAAAAUCCUGUGAAAUUGCAAGUGCAUUUAUGUCCAAUGCUAAAAAGUAAUAGAAUUUUCUAUGCAUGUCUAGGCCACUCACUACCUUCAUUGUUCCAAGCAAAUAUAUAUAUAUAUGUAGUAUACAUGUGGUGUUGGCUGAUAGAAUUUAGCUAGCAACACCUAAUUGUUAAUGAAAUGAAGAAAGCUGCCCAUUAGUUAUUGGAGUAUCUUUUUGAUGUCUGUAUUAUGUAUAAUCCAACUUUUGCAUUUAUCCGUUAAUACAUUUAGUUGAAUUUCAGUGUAGAGAAUUGAGUUCUAUCAAAGUAGCUUGCAGGCAAAGACUAAAUUGUUUUUUGUUGUUUUUUUUUAAUGCAGGGCAGGGGACUCUACUAUGUGCUGCUGUUGUGAUUUGUUUUAUUAAGCUAGUCUUAGCAAUAUAGUCAGUGUACUGGAAGUAAGCCAUAUAGCUAGAUUUCAUUUCAGAAAACGAAUACAUAGGAUAUCAAAAACACUUGCUUGGAACCUUAGCAUCAAAAGCUUUUUGUCUGUAAUCCAGUAAUAUGCAUUUAAAAGUAUAUAUUUAUUUAGCUGUAUUAAUAGUUAUUGUCUAAUGUUAUAGCACAAAGCACUGCUAAGACAUUUAUUGACGCACAGCAAAACAAACCCUAAAGAUUCUUAUAUUGGAGAGGGAAGAGAUGCUAUAUAGUGGUUUCCCUUCUGAUUUGUUCAUAGUUCAGAAGAACAGCCCUGUCCUCUAAGGUGCCCUGUUUCCUCUGGAUCUGGGCCACACAACCUGCAGUAGGGAUUAUGUAUGUUUAAUGAUGGUAAAUUGAGGAAGCCAACUUUUAUCCAUAGUUAUCCAAGGCAAAUUCCCAAAUAUUAUCUUCUUAAUGUGCUUUGAAAAGCAGAGGUUUACCAAGAUAGAGUUUGGACUACUGUAGUUUUGAGCUUCGUCCUGGCAAAGGAAGCAUGGUUAUAAAAGGGAAAUGUUUCCUUAUAUGAGUUUUUAAUCUCAGAACUUUCAGAGGUGCUGUACAAUUCUAUAUGGCUAAAUGUUUUAUGUAUAGUAGAUAUUUUUAUAGACUGCUUUUAAAUAUACUGUGAUCAGAGCAGUUUCUCAUUUGCAGGAUGGAUGUAUAGUAAAAAAUCACCGUAUACAAGUGUGAAUGAAUUGUAUGUCAGUACUUGAAAAUAAAAAAGAGAAUCUGAAGCUGUCAAUUCUAUUUUAAUUUACAAAUAAUGUCAUUGACUGUAUGUAUCUUAGUUAGUAAAAGGAAAAUACUAGAAUGUAAAAAUAAGUAAAUGAUCACCCCCAUGUCUCCUGUAAAAAUUGAGAGUUCUGGAAAUAUAUUGCAAGAAUUACUCAUUACUAUCUAAAAGCUAUAUACAUAUUCCCAUCUGUUUCGGAAAAGCGAGUCAUCAUCCAGAAGGGUUAACUUCUAAGCAUGGUCUAGUAUGUUUGUUUUAUGUUGCCGUGAUUGGAUGGGAUUAAACUAACCUUUCUGACAUGACUGGUCUUCAAUUUAAUAUUCUAGGCAAAAUGAAUCUCAUGUGAUCUUUCAGCCAAGUAAUAAAGAUCAAAUGUUAAAACACAA